AUGUUAUUAUUAAAAAGGUUACUACCAAUAACAACAAAACCAAUAAUUUAUUUAAUUAUUUUAUUUUGUAUAUUUUAUAAAAUUAAUUCUCAAAAUAGUUGUUAUAUUAAUGAUUCUGGAUUUACUUGUUGUAAUAAACAAUUAGAAAACGCAAUGAAAAAAGCAAUGAGUGGCAAAGAUUUACUUUCUUCUGCUAAUCACAUUCAAAAAAUGGCAGAAGGCUCGCUUGGAGGAAAAUUUGAAACUGUUGUUGCUUUCGACGAUUUUGCACAUAAAUCACAUUUUAAAGAAGGCAAAUCAUGCAAAGUUGAAAAGAAUGGACAAUAUGCUUUGGCUUGGCAGCCUUAA